AUGGGUGACAUGCAAGUCUCAGCUAUAAACACCCAAAAUCCACCUCAAGAGGUCUCUUAUGACAUGACAGGUAACUUUGUGCAAAAUGAUAAUUAUGAUUAUGCUCAACCUUCUUCUGAACAGGUCAGUUACAUGGGGAGUGCUCCUAGAAAUCCCAAUAAUGAUCCCUAUUCUCAGACCUACAAUCAAGGGUGGAGAAAUCACCCAAACUUCGGGUGGAGAGACCAACCCCAGAGACCUCAGAAUUUCAACAAUAAUUCUCAGGGCGGUUUCCAACAGAAUAAUGACAAUAACCGCCAAUUUCAAUCUCAUCAACAACAACCACCUCCACAGGCAAAUUCUAAAUCCCAAGAAGAUUCUAAUUGGGAAAUGAUGAGGAGUUUUGCGCAGGAAACCAGAGCAUCAAUCAAGAAUUUGGAGAUUCAGAUGGGUCAAAUAGCCACCAGAGUUAAUAAAAUUGAUCAGAGGAUCACUAAUAGCCUUCCUUGUAACACAAUUCCAAAUCUAAGAGAGGAUUGCAAGGCUAUCACCUUGAUAAGUGGACAAGUGGCAAGUAUGGAAGCACAAGUUGAUGAGGAGCCAGUUGAAAAAGAUUGUGAAGAAGAGAGGUGCAUGCAGACUGAGCUUAUUGAUCCAACCCUUCAAAAAUCCCCUGAUGAUACACAGUAG